AGAUCCAGUGCAGCGGUGUGAGAGAGCAUUCAGCGCUGAAGUGUGUCAAACUGACGCUGAGGCUUGACCGGAAUUUCAGGAAUAUAUCUUAUUUAGCCGGACUCUUGGCCGGACAGGACUGAGACCUGUUUUGAGACGUCUAUCCUGUACGAAAGUUGUCAGAAAUCCAAGUGUCGUCUACAUUCCCUCUGUGUGCCCGACCAUGAAGAUAGGGUGAUCUUCUGGCUCCUUGCAACACUCCUUCAAACCAUUUCCAAUGUCUGAGGACUCGGGAUCCAAACCGUACCUGUUCUCCUCACUGGAGGGGCAGAAUGAAGCAGCCGGAUACAGUUCAAUGGCGACGCUGCAUCGUAUGAGUAGUUUCGUGAAGGGGGCCGAACUUGACCUGGCAUCUGAAGGUAGCGACAGCAGCCAAGACCCUCCUGCUUCACCCCACAACAGCCGGAAGAUGGCACAUUCCCUCCAUGAGGAUGUGGAGAUGAAGAGCAGCGGGUCCAGUGGGAGUGGAACUGAGUCCCAUGGCAAUGAGUCCCAUGGUAAUGAUUCUCACGGAAAUGAGUCUCAUGGCAACGAGUCUUCUGGGAGUUCCAAUAGCCGAAGCAAGGACUCGGCACUAUUAGAGUCAUUGGGAAGUAACAAAAGCUGCAACUCUCAUAGUCUCUCGCCACCCAGCAGCUCGAACGCCUUCAGCCUUCUGAGUGCCAGUUCAGAGCAGGACAACCCAUCUACCAGCGGCUGCAGUAGCGAAGAAUCCGCCAAGGCAAAGACGCAGAAAGAGUUGAUUAGAACUUUGAAAGAGCUGAAGCUUCAUUUGCCGCCGGAAAAGCGAAACAAGCGCAGCAAGUCGACAACGCUCAACACUCUGAAAUAUGCCCUGCGCUGCGUCAGGCAAGUGGAAGCAAAUGAAGAAUACUACGAGUUGCUUAUGAAUAAUGAUAGUCAGCCAUCAGGGCUUGACGUUUCAUCAUAUACCAUAGAGGAGAUAGACCGCAUCUCCUCUGAAUACACCCUCAAGAACACAGAUAUCUUUGCAGUGGCGGUGUCACUUAUCACUGGGAAGAUCGUCUAUAUUUCAGACCAGGCAGCUUCCAUUUUGAAUUGCAAACGGGACGUGUUCAAGAAUGCCAAGUUUGUGGAGUUUCUUACACCGCAGGAUGUUAGCGUGUUUUAUAGCUUCACCACACCAUACAGACUGCCGUCCUGGAGCAUGUGCACUGGUGCAGAGUCGUCACCAUCAGACUGCGUGCAAGAGAAAUCCUUCUUCUGUCGCAUUAGCGGUGGUAAAGAGUGUGAGGGAGAUCUUCAGUACUAUCCCUUCAGAAUGACUCCUUAUUUGAUGAAGGUUCAGGAUACGGCGCACUCUGAAGAUCAGUUCUGUUGCCUCCUGCUGGCAGAGAGAGUUCACUCAGGCUACGAAGCUCCAAGGAUCCCCACAGACAAACGAAUAUUCACAACAACACACACUCCCAGCUGUGUGUUUCAGGAUGUGGACGAGAGGGCUGUUCCAUUACUAGGAUACCUGCCACAGGAUUUGAUUGGCACACCUGUCCUGCUGCAUCUGCAUCCCAGCGAUCGACCAGUCAUGCUCGGCAUCCACAGGAAGAUCCUCCAGUAUGCUGGCCAGCCGUUUGAUCACUCAAUACGCUUCUGCGCUCGUAAUGGAGAGUACAUCACCAUAGACACCAGCUGGUCCAGCUUUGUCAGUCCCUGGAGCCGCAAAGUUUCCUUCAUCAUCGGCAGACACAAAGUUCGCAUGGGUCCAGUGAAUGAAGAUGUGUUUGCAGCUCCGUCCACAGCUGAGGGAAAAUCCAUAGACUCAGACAUCCAAGAGAUCACGGAGCAAAUUCACAAACUCCUGCUGCAGCCUGUGCACAACAACGGUUCAAGCGGCUAUGGGAGUCUGGGCAGUAAUGAUCACCUGCAGAGUGUGGCGUCGUCUAGUGAAAGUAACGGCAACGGAACGCGCCUGCGACAAGAGGAAGAGGAUGGCAGCAUAGCCAAACCAAGGAGCUUUCAGGAGAUAUGCAAAGGAGUUCACAUGCAGAAAAACCUGGAGCAGCAGUCCAAGAAGAGCCCUACUAAGUCUCUACAGAAAAGUCCAGUGGUUCGAGCCAAAGCUCCCGUGAACUGGAGAGGGUCUCCUGAGGAGCAGCAUGCUGCAGUGCAAGAGGAGCUGGCCUUCAAAGACCAGACCGUCUACUCCUAUCAGCAGAUUAGUUGCCUGGACAGCGUAAUCAGGUAUUUGGAGAGCUGUAACGUGCCCAUUACAAUGAAGAGAAAGUGCCAAUCCUCCUCAAACACAACAUCCUCAAACUCAGACGAAGACAAGCAGAGAGGUGUUGAGAGCUCCAUGCAAGUGUCUGAAGAGGCGGACCAUCUAAAGAACCAACCAGGUCUCUCAUCAUUAGAUGAGUCUAAGAAGCCUCCAGGAUCUGGUGUAGUGAGUCCGUCUCUGACUCCACUCGCGCUGCCCAGUAAACCUGAAAGCGUGCUGUCCAUCACCAGCCAGUGCAGCUACAGCAGCACCAUUGUACAUGUAGGAGACAAAAAAGAGAUCAUCGAGGAUGUCCCCAGCGCUGAAGGCACUGAAGGUCAGGGUCUCACUGUUCCUCCGGCUGCAGUCUCGCCACACAAUCAGGAGCGAGAGGCUUACAAGAAGCUGGGCCUGACCAAGCAGGUUCUGGCGGCGCACACACAGAAGGAAGAGCAUGCGUUCCUCAGCCGCUUCAGAGAGCUGCGAGGUGUGCAUGCUUUCAAAGCCGACUGCUCCCUCUAUCUGGAGAGAAGGAAAGGACAAGUCGCAUCGGAGGCUGUUCCCGCUGCUCGUUCCUGUAAGCAGGGUGGUGGUGGCGCACAGGAGACCACCGGGAUCCGCCGGGGUCGCAGCAAGAAGACCAAGUCCAAACGGAUCAAGCCAAACGAGUCUUCUGACAGCACUCCUUCAGGCCGUAGACCUUCACCCAGACCUCAGCAGCAGGGCCUCAACCAGACCUCCUGGUCUCCCUCAGACACAUCCCAAUCCACCUUCCCCAUCGCCUAUCCGGCUGUGAUGCCCACGUACCCGCUGCAGAUGUACCCAGGAGCCGGCGGCAUGCAGCCUAGGGUAGAUGCUCCGCUCUCAGGCUUUGGGGAGAGUCAGUGCAGCCAGGUUCCGCGCAUCCCCAUGCAGCCCAUCCAGACACCGUAUUCGGCUCCUCUGGUCACGCCCAUGGUGGCGCUGGUACUGCCCAACUACAUGUUCCCACAGAUGGGCAGCGCUCCACGGCAGCCGUUCUACCCCAAGCAAGGAAGUUUCCCCACACAGCCUACCUUUCAACCUCAGCCUAGUUUCGCCGCACAGGCGCCAUUCCCUCCACAGUCCACAUUCACCAUACAGACCCAGUUCGCCCCCCAGAACCCCUUUACCCCACAGACUCCAUUCCCGCCGUUUCCGUUCGCGUGUCCCGAGGAGCCCCCAAAACCGCCGGAGCCCGAGCUGAGGGAGGAGCCUUCACGAAGCCCCACCCCUCACUCCGUGGGUGGAGGCGGGCCGCCGUCUCCGCCUUUGUUCCAGUCGCGCUGCAGUUCGCCUUUGCAGCUCAACCUGCUGCAGUUAGAGGAGACUCAACGCUCUGCUGAGAGGCAGGAGAGCACGGCGCCAUCUGUUGUACCACAGGCCAACUGCAGCAGUAGUGUGGAGAAAGCAGGAAGCACAGCCGGGCAAGCUAAAACUGACAAGGAUGUGCCACAGGAUGAAGGGUCACCUGUCGACGGUCAGCAUAGCGAUGCGUUCUCAUCAUCUAGUGACCUGCUGGACAUUCUCCCAGAGGACUCGCGCUCCGGCACCGGCUCUGCCACCUCAGGCUCCAUGGGCUCUGGGUCUAACGGCUGUGGAACAUCUGCCAGCAGAACUGGAAGCAGCAACACAAGCAACAACAGCAGUAACUACUUCGCCAGUGUGGAUUCUUCCCAGAAAUCCCAUAAGGCCAAGGGGCAAGGCUCUGGUUCGGGCUCUGGGUCGCUGGAUGGGAGUGAGACCCUGAUCAAGUAUGUACUGCAGGACCCACUGUGGCUGCUCAUGGCUAACGUGGACGAAGAUGUUUCAUACCAGUUACCAUCUCGUGACAUUGAGAAGGUUCUAAGGGAGGACAGGGAGAAGCUGCGGCAGAUGCAGAAAAGUCAGCCGCGCUUUACAGAAGAGCAGAGGAGAGAGCUGGUGGAGGUGCAUCCCUGGAUGAGAAGAGGUGGGCUGCCCAAAGCAUUCGACGUCAAGGCGUGUGUCGGCUGUGAAGAGGUCAGUGAAACCCUGACAGAGGAGGAUCCACCAGAUCUGCACAUGGGAGAAACAGACAGCUGUGAUGUCACGGCGCCUCCGGCCAAUAGCAGUGAAGACUACGCACUCAGAAACACGUGACUUUCUCGAACCCGUCACCUGAACUGAACCCCUCUUUCCACCUGUAAGAAUACAGACCUCUUCUGAUCGGACAAAGCAGACAUUUUAGCAUCGAAAGAUGCUCCUGCCGCAGCCUCGGACCUUGAUGAAGACUCGUUCUGUUGCUUGUCUGUGUGAAUGUGUUUGUGUGAAUAUGUACAGAUGUGUAAAUACAUGAAUGAGUGAGAGAAUAAAUCCGAGUGAAUGAAUUAUUUCCAGACAGUCUAAACUGUCUCUAAAGCCAGACUCUGAGCUGUUCAAUGACCAUUACUGUUAGAUUUUAAUAUUAAAGAAUAAUAUUUCCUUUUCAGUGUUUCCCUGACAGUUUUUUUCCACUUAACGUGCAUAUACACAUACUAACUUAUUUCUUCUUUACA